GAGGAUCUGACAAAGUUCAGUAAAAAUUGUGUGCUCAACAGUGUUUUAAUCCGCAACAGUUUUUGGUUUAAAUCAAGGAUUUUCAAGGAGAUUUAAUUUCACGACAGGGAUAAAGUUAUAAAGAUGGAAAUCGACAUUUUUGUACUUGAUUUAAUGUUAUGUUUUUAUUUACAGAUUUUACUCUUAUUAAUAUUAAUAUACUUAUUGUCGUCAGAAUGGUUCAGUGGGAUGUCAAAAUUACAGAAGUAGAGGAAGGGAAGGACGUCACUGAAUCUGUUGUAUCGGUCGGGGAAGGAAAACGAACGCAUUUGUGGCAGUAUGUAUAUACCACGAUGUUGAUAUUCUACGUUGCUACUUGUGUAACACUAGGAGCCUUUCGGGAUUUCGGUUGUUCCCUCGAUGGUUUCUUAGUUGUCUGGUGGACCGCAGAGGCUGUUUUUCUUUUUGUUGGCACGAUUUUUGAGUUCGUACACAUUCGUCGCGUUGACGAUUCAGACGUCGACGUCAGGUCUCGCUGUCCCUUAAACUGCGAUUUGUUACUUGUUAUCUGGGGAGUCAUCGGAAUCAUAGGAAACUAUAUGGUUCAGCAUCAAGUGGACACAGUCUGCUCAAUGUUUCAAUGGUCUGGGUUAUUAAUUUGGAGCAUCGUCUCUAUUGUUAUCGUUGUCGUGGGAAGGAUUUCGAUCAAAGUUUGUUACUAAUUUCGAAUGCAGCAAUCAUUUGCAAAUAAAACAUUAUGACGAAAGACCUUUAAUAACUGUAAACUCAGCUGAACAGCCGAGACUUAGCUAUAUCUUUUCAAUACAACUUCAACUCUUAAUAAUUUUUAUUUAGCGGAAUACAUCUAUGUUUAUGCAAUCUUAUAUUAAUGUUCAAAUGAAAGGAGUGUUUGAAACUGUUUGAAACGGAGACU